AUGCUUGCUCAUUCACGUUCUUGCCAAUUAAGAAGAAAAGAAUAUGAUCUAUCAAGUAAACAACGAAAAAUGAAUCAUUACUAUAGGUCACCAUCAAAUGAUCAAAACCAGAUACCAAAACGAAUAAAAGAUGCUAUUACGUCCUCAUGCGUCGAAUUCGUAGCUCAAGAUAGCCAAUCAUUUAAAUUAUUAGAAGGUUCUGGCUUUGUUCGUUUAGCAAAACAACUAUUUGAUACUGGUAGCAUUUUGUCAUCAACAACAAAUAUAGAAAUUGAAGAUUUGUUACCCGAUCCAACAACAUAUGGUUACUAUAAAGAAAAACUAAUCAAAUUAUGUCAAUCGAUGGAUAGCUUUUGUGUAACAGUAGAUUUCUGGACAGAAUCGUAUACAGGUUUAUCAUAUUGUGGUUUAUCACUAAAUCAUAUUGACCCAACAUUCUAUUCACAAUCAUUUUUGCUUGGUUGUUUUCCAUAUGAAAUGGAAAAUAAACGAGCAUUAACUAUUCGAUCAUUUGUUGAGGAUAUUCUCAAUGAUUUUGGCUUGAAAUUAAAUGAAGAAAAGCUUAUAAUGAGUGAUAAUGAACCCACCAUGAAGUGUACCUUUAAUCUCAAUUCUCAAGAACUAUUUGUUGAUGUUAAACAGAUUGUUUCAAGUGUUCGCCAAAUGCAUAAACAGCGAAAUUUAUCAAAAAAAUUAGUUUUAUAUUCAGAUACGCGCUUUAGUGGCGCAUAUGCUAUGUUAGUGGUAUUUCAAGAUGUUUAUGAUGAAUUAGGUAAAAUUCUUGAUUCAAAAUUAUUAACAGCUUACUCUAGAAUCGAUGAAGAUCUUUUACGCGAUAUAUGUGAAUUUUUAUUGCCUUUUGAUACUGCUAUUCACACUCUAAGCGACAGCAAACGACCAACACUUCAUCGUGUAGUACCAUUAAAACAAUUCUUAAUCAACAAAUGCAAUAUUAAUAAUGAUGAUAAAGAAGGUCUAAAACAAUUGAAGGCAUUUUUGGGUAAAUGA